AUGCCGUGGAGAUCCGCCUACUGCCUCGACACCAUCUUCUCCACUAUCCGCGAUGCGUCAUGCGUAUCACCACCCUGUCCGAGAACUGAAUCGCCACGGUGCAGAUUCUCCCCGGCCUGCCAUAAAAGAAUCGUCGCAGCUACUGUAACGUCCCAUCGUGCCUUGCUUGCCGAGCUUGCUGGUAUGCAUAUGCAGCUUUAG